AUGGCGUCUGUAUCUGCAAUCAUAAGCUCCAUGAUCAAGGACUCACCUCCUGGUGAUCUGGCCAGUUUCAAGGAGGAUUUACACGUGAUUCUGGGAGAGUCCAAGGUGGACAAUCCUGAGAAGAUCGUCUCUUCAAGUCUGGAGGAGUAUCAGCUGGAGGAGGAUUUCCAAUUGGUUCCGGUGAAAGGGACUAAUGAGCUGGUUUCCAAGUACAACAAGGACGGGGUGAAGUUCAGUGGUGAUGGCGUGAAAUUUGGGUAUGACUUUUCCAAGGACAAAGCCAUUGACAUAGAGACGGCUGAGACCGAGAGCGGAUUGAGCUCUUUGGCUGCUAGUUUCGAGGAAUACGUUUCCAGUCAUUUUCCGUCGAGUUAUAAAUCGUACGUCAGCAGAAGCUCCACCGGAAAGAUUGUAUUGAUCGCUGUUGAUCUCAAGCACAACGACGCCAACUACUACAACGGCAAGUGGCAGUCGGUGUAUGAGUUUGACGAGACGAGCGGGAAGCUCAAUGGUUUGAUCAAAGUGAAGAUUCACUACUAUGAAGACGGAAACGUUGUUCUUGCCACGAAGUCACAGGUGUCGGAGACUACCACUUUGGGCAAUCUCGUCGCGAAGAUUCAGAGCGUGGAGAAUGACUUUGAGCUUGAUAUCCUGACCAAGUUCAGUAGGUUGAAUGAGAACUUGUUCAAGAACUUGAGAAGGCAGUUGCCUAUCAACAGAUCGAAGGUCCAAUGGGGCAAGUCUAUCAAGAACUACAAGCUGGGUCAGGAUGUUGCUGGUGGAAGGGAUUGA